AUGCACUACACAGCCGUCCAGGAUUUUAUCAUGCACCCGUAUUGUACCCACGUCCAGAGCGAGGCAUGCUACCUAGACACCCUGUGCGCUUCACAGACAUUGCACCGUGAAAAGCACCACUUCGACGAAAUGAACAGUGAUCACACCACUGGGUUGAAGGCAACAACCCGGGGGCCCAUUUCUCCUCCGGCUAUACCUACAAAGCAAACGACGACUCCGCACCCAUUCCUAGAUGGGUACACCCCAAACUUCGACGUGAAACGACGCAAACAUCCUCGUCUAGGAGGGGAGUCUGAGGAAACACCAUUGAAACCGGUGGAAGGACCUCUCAAAAUUCGCCUUCGUGUAUCCCCUUCCAUGAGCGCACGUUUAGUCGUUCGCAGAAAUGCCGCGAAAGCCAAUGCUCGGUCAUACAAUCUCUUUGGAGUUAGCCCUUUUCGUUCUACUUCCACCGUCGCUGCCGUUAUGGCCCCGGUGCGAUCUCGGAGGAUUUACGGAGGACUUCCGUAUCGCCGUCCCACCUCCGUCCCUCGUCUUUGCGGAGUUAUUGGUCUGCAGCGUCCAGGUCGGCAACCGGAGCCGAACAAAUCAACAAUUGACGCGAACGUGGAGAAAGAGAAGGUUAUCCUUCGUAUUCGGAUCCCGGAACAUAUGCGGGGGGUCAAGCUUCAUUGA